CAGAGGUGCCCAUCUCUGUGUCUGUGUGCAUGUGUGUGCGUGCAAAUUUGCACUGCAAAGAAAUAUUUCAAUCUGAUCUGUACCACUAGGGGAAAAACAUUAGCUCAGCAACAUAUACUCUGGUCAGGGAGUCAUUCCUAAACACUGCAAUUCCAGGAUGUUCACAAUGAGACUCUUUCACCGUCUUUGGCUUUUUAUCCUGUGGCUGAACAUGGAUCCAUCUUUACAACAGAAUGCAACAACAUGUAAACUGCCAUUGCCGCCACCCAAAGGAACCACGUAUGAACCUGCUUUCAGAAAUGUGUUUUCACCUGGGGAUACAGUAACGGUAACAUGUGGAGAGUGGUACUGGAUUUCUCUCCCUCAGAACACUUCAGUAGUAACUACAUGCAAAGAAGACGGAGAGUGGAGUGUCAGACCAAUAUGCAAAGCAGAGAUAAAAUGCACAGUACCUGUGAUUGAAAAUGGAAAUGUGCUUGGAGAUAUUCAAGAGUACGACAAAGAUGAAAUUCUGCAUUUUGAGUGCAAUAUGGGAUACAUGCGUACAGAGAACAUAUCUUCAAAAUGCACAAACCUAGGAACAAAAGCAGGCUGGAGCCCCAAACCUACGUGUGAAACAUCAAAAUGUAAAGUGCUGCUGCCGCCACUCGAAGGAACCACAUAUGAACCUGCUUUCAGAAAUGUGUUUUCACCUAGUGACACAUUAAGAGUGAAAUGUGGAGAGAGGUACUGGAUUUCUCACCCUCAAGAAACUUCAGCAGUAACUACAUGCAAAGACAAUGGAGAAUGGAGUGUCACACCAAUAUGCAAAGAGGUUACAUGUGACAGCCAACGAGACCCACUUGUGUAUUACUGGGAUGUCUAUUGGGAACAAAAAAUAACAUUGAAUGAGACUGUAAGUUACUGGUGUAUGUCAGGCUACAAGAGCACAGAUGGCGCCAUCCGGGCCACAUGCACCAGAUAUGGAUGGAGACCAAAUCCACUCUGCCAAGAAAUUACUUGCGACAGAUAUGAUGUCCAAAAUACAGACAUUGUCAACUAUAAGCAGAAAUAUAGUUACUAUGAACGGGCUAGUUAUGUCUGCAAGGAUGGUUAUACAGGACGUUUUUUUCUAACCUGCACAGAAGAUGGUUGGAGUGGAAAACCACAAUGUAAAGAGGUAACAUGUGAUAAACAAUAUUACGAGAAUGCAGACAUUGACGGAGAUGAAACUCAGUCAGUAUACAAGUACAAUGAUCAGGUUAAGUAUGUCUGCAAGAAUGAUUAUGUGGGAAAUUUUUCCAUAACCUGUGGGACAACAGGCUGGAUCGGGUCUCCUGAAUGUACAGAGAAACCAUGUGAAAAACUUAACAUCAGCGAUGCAUACAUUACCCGCAAUGAGAAGGAAACUUACAAACACAAUGAACGAGUCCACUAUACAUGCAGGAAUGCUAGUGAAAGACGUUUUACUGUUGUCUGUCACCGAGGUAAUUGGAUUGGGAUUCAGGGCUGUACAGAGUGUCCACUAGCUGAAGUUCCACAUGGAUUUAUAGUUGGCCCACACAAUGAGACACUGUACUACACCUGUGAAGAUGGUUAUAAACUUGCUACCAGAGGCUGGUGGGGUGAAGCCAAAUGUAUUCAUGGCUUGUGGUUUGGACUUGAACAAUGCAUUGAGAAAAGCAAGUGUGGAGAACCCCCUUUGAUAUCUAAUGGGAAAGUGAUAUCUCUGCGUAACAGUUAUGAGCCGGGUGAAAGUGUCCAGAUUAUCUGUAAGGAAGGAUACAGCACUCCGGUUGAUCACUUUACUUGUGUCAAGGGAAAAUGGAAUUCAAAUGGAGCACAAGUCAAAACAAUCUGUGCACCCAUUGCCAAUCACUGCAGUCCCCCACCUAAAGUUGAUAAUGCAGUUGUUGUGUCUUCAUAUCAGAAGGAAUACUUGUCCGGUUCUAAAGUAACUUAUCACUGCCGUUAUAAUUAUACAUUGGAAGGAGAAGCCACAAUUACAUGCAACGAUGGGAAAUGGGUGAAGAGGAACUUUGUGUGUGCACCUCCCUUUCUGGAACUCUGAUGCCAAUUUUCUCAAAGUCGU